UGGAAGUGUCGCGUCAUCACUACUGUCUUGUCAGCUUGAUUUAUCUGGACUCUGGUGAACUCAAGCUAUUUUUCCACUUGAGCAGCAUAUCCUGUACAGAUUCCAUGGCACAAGCCCAUGUUCAGUGCUCCUGGAAUUUAUCGUAGAGAUGGAACUCUGUAAUGAAAGUCACAUUGCCAUUGCUGCCUAGCUCAUUUGCCAAAGCGUCCUUUGAAUGAGCAGAAACUUCCAGACUGUUCCAGAAUGCAGGGGACGGAACGGAACCCUAUGAUACUAAACUAUACCUUGCAGGAGCUCUUUGGGCAUGAUACUGUGCAAGUGGAGCUUAUUCCAGAAAAGAAAGGCUUGUUCUUGAAGCAUGUGGAGUAUGAGGUUUCAAGCUCGCACUUCAAGUCUUCCGUGUACAGACGGUAUAAUGACUUUGUGGUAUUCCAGGAGAUGCUGUUGCAGAAAUAUCCAUACCGUAUGGUGCCGUCUCUGCCACCGAAAAGAAUGCUUGGAGCUGACCGUGAGUUUAUUGAAUCACGCAGGCGAGCGUUGAAACGAUUUGUUAACCUUGUUGCCAGACACCCUUCUUUCUGGGACGAUGUACUAGUGAAUAUAUUUCUUUCAUAUAAUGGGCAGGAUAUACAGAACCGAAUGCGUGAGUCCAUUCGUGGAGUGGGAGAUGAAUACAUGACUUCUAAAAUUUCUGCUCAAGCCAAGGAUUUCCUUCCGAGCGACAUCCAAGUUCAGUUUGCCGCCAGCAGAGAGCUCAUACGGAACAUCUAUAACAGCUUUUAUAAACUGCGAGAUCGAGCUGAGAGGAUGGCGGCACGGGCCAUAGACAAUGCUACUGACCUCCUGGGCUUCGGAAAAGAGCUAAGUGCUCUUGGCUCAGAUACCACUCCACUGCCAUCCUGGGCAGCUCUCGAUAAGAGCACAUGGGGUGCUUUGAAGCAAGCACUAAAGGGAUUAUCUGUAGAGUUUGCUGUCCUUGCUGACAAGGCAGCACAGCAGGGUAAACUUGAAGAAAUCGAUGUGGUUGAGAAGCUAAAUCUUUUCCUAGACCUUCUCCAGUCCUACAAAGACCUGUGUGAAAGACAUGAAAAGGGUGUAUUGCACAAACACCAGAAGGCUUUGCACAAGUACAGCCUUAUGAAAAAGCAGAUGAUCAGUGCGACUGUGCAGAAUAAGGAAGGAGAGUCUGUGGAGCAGUUGGAAUCCCGCAUUGCAGAGCAAGAAAAUGCCCUCAUGGUUAUGGAGCUUCGAAAUUACUUCUCAUUGUACUGUCUGCACCAAGAAACCCAGCUUAUGCAUAUCUACCUGCCGCUGACCUCCCACAUACUUGGAGCUUUUGUGAAUUCACAGAUCCAGGGUCACAAAGAGAUGACUAAUGUUUGGAAUGAACUGAAGCCCAAGCUGAACUGCCUCUAUGUGGGAAUGGACUGCCUACCCACUCCUCCCCUUUCCCCAGAGGAAAGUCGGUUUUUCACACCGUAGGAGCUGAUUGAGGUGGUUGCUAAAACUAAACCUGGGACAUUUAAUACACAGAUCUGUGUUAUCACAGGACCAUUCUUUUUGUAAUGCUGGAAUUAAUGACACUAAAGCCUUGGCAUUCAUGUGCUUUUGGGAGAGAGCCUGGUAUUUUGCACUCUUGCAUUUCUUUAGAUAAAACUGUACUCUGCACAAUUCUUUGGGUAAGUACAUUCAGUGCUGCCUUCAACCAGGUCUGUUUGCACAUUUUUGGAUUUCAUAUGUGUACAUUAGUGCCAUAUUGAAAAAACCUUUUGUUUGUUCUAAUUCUGAAGUCUGAGCAACAAGGAGAACCCAGCAAUCGAACAGUUGCAAAGAGGAUCAUAGAGCGGCUUGGAUGAUUACAUUAAAAAUCCCAUCUGCUAUGGGGCCAGGAUGCAUGUUAAAUCACGACCACCAGAUCUUUGAUGCAACCAUGUGCCAGCAACAGUCUCCCUUUAUUACACUGACCGGUUCAGUAGGAAGUAAUUAGCCUGGAACCUCAGCCCAGACUAAGAAGAUCAGUGUUAAGCUGAAUUUAGCCGUGUCGUCUUCUGUGAGUUGCCAAUGGCCAGCAAUAUUAAUGGGAAACAUAUAAAUUGUAGUUCUUUUCAAAUAGUUUAUGCCCACCUAACACACCAUACAUAACUAUAAAAAAAAAAAAUUAAGGGCUUCGCUGCUUACUAGGCUGUUAUAUCAACUGCUUAAAACCAGAAUCAUGAUUUAAUCUCUCCACUAGAAUAAGGCUACAUAUAAUCUACAUCUGGUCUAAAACAUUUUUUACAUCUCCAGAGAUUGAUCAGUUAAGAUUCAAGGGAUCCUGUGCUGGACGUUGUCUGGAAAUGCUAAUGAGUUUAAGAACUUUUAGAACCGCUGAAGUGUUAAGUGCAAACUAUAAAACUGGAAGAGUGUGUAUGUUCUUCGAGUUAAACCACUGGCAGCCAAUGAAAGGUAUGGAUAGGGAUUUCUAUCUCCCAUUGGCUGCAGGUUUGGCCAAUAGGAAGAUUUUGUAACCCUUCUCCCUAGUUUGUGGAACCUAUUCUUUCCAUGGGAGUGCUGCACAAUCGGUACACGGUCCUUAAAGGGACGAUGGAAAACACUGAUUCAUAUUAACAUUUGCAGCAUAUUUGUGAUCAAAAGUGUUAUGUCUAUUCAGAGUUGUGGAUAAUUUUCCUGGAAUUCACUGGAAAAAUCUAUGAGCUAACUUCAAGUAAUUAAUCGGCAUUCAACGGUGUAUGGUGGUGAUUGACACCGGACAGGCCCAACAUUUGCAAAGUAUCUUCUUUGCUUGAGAAUUUAGAAAACUUUAGCUUAUAAAAUGUGUGGCUUUUAUUUUCUUACACUCUUUAAGAGCGGUUGAAAUCACAGCUUGCGUCACUUUUGGCCAGACAGGAGCAAUGCCAUGUUUGGAUCUUAGACUUUUUCCUAGGAGCCUUCUAAAGUGGUGUUCACAAAAAAGUCUGCUGCAAUCUAAUAGCCUGAUUUAUUGUUGCUCAGUACUACCUAUAGUGGACCUAUAAAGCUCUAGAUGACAUUUGUUGGGCUGUCUCUGCAAGCUAUAAAUAUUGCACAAUAUCUAAAAAAAAUUAAAUUAUAUAUAUAUAUAUUUCUUCUUUUAGACCUCAAUAGGUCAUUGUAUCAAAGUAUGUUUGUCUUUCUUUAAAUAUACAAUAUUGAGAGAACAUAUUUAAUAUAUUCCAGCAAUAAAAGCUAUUCUGUCGGUAUUAUGUAAUAAUCACUAAAAUUGAAUGUCUAUAAGCAAGUACUAUACAAUGAUGAACAUUUUAUUACAAAGAGCAAUUUGUAUUGCUGCUGAAGGGAACAAUUAUUUACUGACAUUUUUCUUAAAAUUAGCCAUAGAAACUUAAACUGGAAAUUGCCCUGGUCAUAUGAUACAGGGUAAAUCACAAGUCAAGAACCACUCAAAUACCUGCAAGAUGUUUAAAGUGACAGUCAUUACUUUUUUUUUUUAGCCACCCCUUUCUUUGUGACAAUGAUCUCUCUGCUUGUAUGCGGGUGCCUGGGGUGGGUAGUAAUAUAUAUAUUUUUUUCUUCAAGAUUCUAUUUUUAUUAAAAACAAAACUAAGUGACCGUACCGCCUUAACAUGGGUGAAGGUUAGUGUAACAAGUAUUAUAGGUGCACGUAUUGGUUUAUUACAUAACUAAGAAAUAUAUCUAAUAUUGACCUUCUUACAGGUAUAUGGAUGAGAUCUGACUUUUGACACACCUUAGCACUGGUUAAUGGGCAAAUUGCAUAGAGACACAGUUCAAAUUCCAAAGAGAAAAUGCUGCCAUGGAAUACUAAUCAAAAAAUAGUAUUUCUAUGUGUUUAUAUAAA